CGCUAUUCUUCUUCUCCUGUCAUAAACAGUGUGUACGAAGCUUGUUUGGCGCACAGCGAUUGAAGAAGACUAGCGGCAUGAGUUACCUAAAUCCAGAAGAAAAAAAAUAUGGCGGAUUACGAGAGUAACAGAAGGGGUGGCACCGACGACGGAGGGCCGCAGGAGGAUGGAGACAGAGUGAAAACUAAGCCUGUCUCUUGUAGCACUGUGGGAGAAGGGACCGCAGUCAAACGCACAUCCCAGCAUCUCACACCUGAAGAUGAAGACGAGUCCUCCGCAGACCCACCAGCACCCCGCAAAGUCUCCAAGAUUGGCUUUAGCAUGAGCAAUCCGAUCGGGAAGAAGUCGAACCCCAUUUCUAUCAAACUUGGAGCAUCAAAACCCAAAGAGCCAGUACCAUCAGCUCCUCCAAAAAAGUCAGGGAUGGCGUCUGUUUUUGACGAAGAUGAUAGUGAACCUGAGGAGAUGCCCCCAGAAGCAAAGAUGAGGAUGAAGAAUAUUGGCAGGGAGACCCCGACAUCUGCAGGACCCAAUUCCUUCAACAAGGGCAAGCAGGGUUUCUCUGAUCAUCAAAAGCUUUGGGAGAGGAAGAUGAAGGCCCAAGCAGACAAAUUGUAAAUGACUACUGUAAAGUUGCCACUACAACUACCACAGUUUGUCACUUAAGAAGGAUUGUGUAUAGUUUAAACCUUGUCAGUGAUAUCUAUAAAGGCUCAAAUGAUUCCUUACUGUAGCCUUGGUUUUGACAACUGCUCAGCUUUAUGAACAUACAGUAAAGAAUACUUUAAGCCCUCUAUGAUAUUAUGUGACUGAGCUCGCGUUUAUGUUUCUGACCACUACCGGCUGAUGCUAACUAAGAAGAGAGGUACCAGUGUCAACCCUUUGUGAUGGGAGGUGGGGUGACAGUGGUAUGGGACAAAAGAAUUAGCCAGAAUAUUGUUAACCUAAAAUUUGCUACAGUUGCUUUCUGCUGGCUAAUUAGAAAAUCUAGCAUCUUAGACCCCCCCCCCCCCCCCCCCCCUGCCCUUUUUGUGACAUGCUUGUUCCCCACUGAAGCUGUCUGGGUGUGGAGCUGGUCAAGCUCUCAGUGUUGCUUGUCAAAUAUUUGUGUAAAAAUGUACAUAGAAGUGUGAUAAUGUUUUAUUUUUAAAUCCACAAAUGGGAGUGUGUGUGUGUUUGAGUGUUGCCUAAUCUUGCAUGUUUGGCAUAAAGUAGACAUACAAAUGGAUUGUUUCUUUUCAUUUAGUUUCGCAACAACAAUGUACAACCCUUUGUUAUCACCAGCUAUGCCACCUUAGUCCUUUGUUUGCUUUUUAUGUUAGUUUAAGCUUUGUGUCAGUAUUUCUGGUUUUGUUUACUCAAUACUGUAUUUCAGUUUGAUUUACUGAAUCUGGCAAUUUAAAAACAAACAAAUGAUGUUCUGAUGGAAGGACUGCUAAUGUGUUUUUAGUUGACAACCGUGUCAUGGCAGCCAUCACCUAAAAACCUGGGUGCUGGUGAUACUUAUUUUGAAUGAUUUCCAGGGGGUUAAAAUGCCGGUUAGCAAUGAUUAGAUACUUUUGCAAACUCUUUUCAUCGCCUCUUUCACUUCAGAAAUAGUACGCCAAUCCUUUUAGUUCCAAAAUUAUGUGGUACCUCAGUGACUUAUUUUGUGCCUGACACUUUUUGGAAAAUUCCCUUGAUCAAAAAUAUGAACUCUGAAUUCCUCUGUAGGCUAAGUUUUGUGCUUCCCCAAAUGAAUAACAAAUAUCUACUGCCGUUACUUGUUUUCUUCAACAACUCAGUCAAAUACAUUCUUUGGAUGAAC